AUUUCGAAUUCGACUUAUCGCUGCGUGCUGUUGUAGUGUGGUGGCUUUCGUAAUACGCAAUAGUUAUGCAAAUCAAUGGAUGUAUGGGAAGCAAUCUGUCGGAUAUAUUUCCAUCUGUUCCUAUCCAAGACUCUACCGGAGGCCUAAUGACUGCUCCAGGAAUGCAUGUCAACGGACCAAACAUAAACCAUGGUGAUUCUAUGUCUCGGCUACAAUAUCUUGGCUUAAGUUUGUUGCAAAAUGGUCAGAAUGGAAAUGGUGGCACGUUUUUGAAUGAGGACCGUUCACGUACUAAUCUGAUUAUCAAUUAUCUUCCUCAAAGUUUCGACCAAAAUGAUUUGCAACGUCUUUUCGAACGUGUAGGUCCUAUUAGACAAUGCAAGCUAAUAAGGGAUAAGGAGUCGGGCGCUAGUUUAUGCUAUGGAUUCGUGGAUUACGUUAACCCUCAGCACGCAGCCUUAGCUAUACAAACAUAUCACGGCUAUGAGUGUGACCGAAAGCGUUUACGCGUGGCAUACGCCAGCUCAGGUGGGCGGCGAAUUAUUCCAGGAAAUCGCCCUCAAAAAUUUUCCAAUGUAAACGACAUUUCUGGCAAUCCGAAUGUUGAAGUUACUAAUGAAAAUAUACUCGGUUGGGAAGUAUUAGUUACUGGAACACCUAUAGAGUGGAAUGAACAGGAUUUACUUCGUUUGUUUUCCAACUUUGGAGCUGUUGUAGAUGUGCGGCCGCUGACUCCUCGGCUACCUGACUCUCCGUCUGGUCAGAAACCAGGCUUCAGUCCACCUUUGAAUGGGACUUCUAGCGACGCGAGCUCCGAAUCUCCAGACGGCAGAUAUGCAUCAGGUGCAUAUGUCAUUUUCCAGGAAAAAGAGAGUGCGGAAAUUUCGGUCCUGCGUUUGAAUGGUUAUCAAGCCCCAGAAUGGUGUUCACCUCUCAAACUGAGAUUAAUCGGUUCACUAACUCGGGAAACGUUUGCUCACUUCCAUUCUUCACGUCAAUCUCCAACCUAUACAUUUGGGCGUACGUCAAACAGUCAAAGUAUUGCCGAUCCUUUGACUGAAUCGGUUAUCUUCACAAACGUGCUGAAUAGACGAGUUUUAAAUACACCGAACUGUGCAGUUCAUGGUAAUCCUCUAAGCCACUUUGUAACAGGAGCGAAGAACUCUGAGGUUCUACCUGUCGCACCGGAGGGUAACAACCUACAUCUCCAAUCAAAUUCAGUCUUUAAUAUUCCUCCUCGAGCAGUCAUGCGAAAUAAAGUGACUGGUCCAACAUCAACUUCAGUCUUCAACCAGGAUGUUUUUUCUCAUACUGGUUCGUUGGGCAUCCUCGAUUUUCUUGACGGUCACCAAAAUGCGAACUCGUUAAGUGGGACUGACCAAUGUACAUCUAGAGAUGUCUCCAUAAUCAACACAUUGAACUCUGAACGUGUUACCGACAAUGAACAACCGGAGCUGGAGAAUUCACUAAAGAACUUGACAAGUGUUCAAAAUCACUCUUCAUGGCCAUUCGUCCAACAUCGGUCUACCUUAACUGCAUUGUCUGAAAACGGGCGGUCUAACGAAAUAAAGAGAGGUAUUCCAACAUCCGGGGGUUACAGACGUUUGUCUGUGAGGUCUCCUCUGGUGCAUAGUCCAAUUUUAUCUAGCCUACUAGCUCAACAAAGUUUCCAGGCAAACAUCUGGCUUAAGCUGGAAAAUAUUCAGCCGACUGGGUCAUACAAGAUUCGUGGUGUUGAAAAUGUGAUUCGCAAGUGGGCAGCUUCGGGAGUCAACCAUAUUGUUUGCCCGGCUACUGGAAGCUCAGCGGUUGCCAUAUGUUUUGCCGCUCAUGCGUACAUGCUUAACUGUACUCUUGUAGUACCUGAGUCUCAUGAGUUAACCGUAAGGCGGCGUUUAGCACUUGAAGCUCAAGACGCUAAGAUUGUUGUAGUUAGUGGCGGUUUUGAAGCGGCUAAUCACCGUGCCGAUCAAUUGGUCAAGGAAAUUCAGUCUGCACCUGAUUCCAAUACUCGUCUCCUUCAUCCGUAUGAUCAACCUGAACUCUGGGAAGGAUAUGAAUCUAUUGUUGAUGAGAUUUCUUCGGAGAUCGGUCAACCAGAUGCAAUAGUUGUUGCUGUCGGUGGUGGAGGGUUGUUAUCAGGCAUUAUUCAAGCUUUGUGGAACAAGAAAUGGUCUUCAACGCACAUCAUAACCGUCGAAAAUGAAGGAAAUGAUUACCUAAAUCGCUCAUUAAAAUCUGGCCAGUUGGCGGUUUCAAAGAGUUCUUCAUUUGCAGCUUCCAUAAGCUCUCCUCUCUUGACACAACGGGCGUUGCAGUUAGCUCAGUGUCAACCGGUCAGUGCGAUUACCUGCACAGACGCGGAAGCUAUCGACGGAGUCAAGCGUUUUCUGGGUGAGUACUUACUAACUUAAACCACGUGGUUUUUGAGAGAGAUUUUACGCUCCAUUUCCUGAAGUUGAAUGCUUAACACAAUUUUUAACCCACCAUUUCAGAUGUGCAAAACAUUGGUUGUGGUCCACUAAGUUGUCUAAGGUUAACAUUAGUAUAUAGAUAGCUGCAAGUCUGCGUAAACGUCAUGACCAAACUGUAUUUCCACUUAGGGAAUUCGACAUUUUCAAUGUUCUUUCAAAUUGGUUACAGUUGAGGUUACCAAGAGUCAACCUGGCUUAAAUAAAGCAUAUUCCAUUUGGACAGGUUGAUCAUUGCAGUCUCGUAUCUGUCCUUAUUCGAAGUCCGAACUGAAAUGUUGAUGCAAAUUAAGAGACAGCUGCAUGUGGAUAAAUGUUUGAAUAAACCUUUUAAAUAUUGUUGUCAAUAGAAAAGUAUAAAUGAAAUUUCGAAGUUACAUAGGCUUGUGUUUCGGCAUAGGUGUAGUUUGUCUUGACACAUGAUCAAACAUUUUCAGUUUCAUGGAGUUGAAUGGGUUAAAUUUUGUGUGAACUGAUUUAGUAGUAUUCGAUUACUCCUCAAUAUCUGUGAUGCCCCUGCAGCUUUAGAACUGCGUGAAUGCAGCGAGUAUAAGUAGUGUGGAUUAUUUUCAGUAUCUACUACUAUAAGCUAUAACAAGCAGAAUAUCCCAUCGGUGACUAACUGGUUAUUUACUGUUACUGAAUAAGCUUGUUAAUGCUAGGAAUUCGUGAAUCGUAUACAUUGUGAUUAAUGCUGAAAAUUCCACUCUGUAUCACAAGUAAUGUUUUUGCAAUAAAGUAAAUCAUUAUUAUUACUAUUAUCAUUAUUCGAACGCUUUUUUUGCCUGCUGACUAGCGUUUUGAGACUCAAUACCUUUUCUGUAAUGAAUCAUUAGCUCCACAGUGCGUUAUCACGUAUAAAGAAAGAAUUUGCUUUUACCUUUUAGAUGAUCAUGGUAUGCUUGUUGAUCCGGCUUGCGGAGCUGCCCUUUCAUCCGUGUAUUCGGGCUAUUUGUCCCGUUUACAAUUUGAGGGUCGCCUACCGCGAACAUCUAAUGUUGUCAUAAUUGUCGGAGGAGGUAAAGGGUUUUCUUUACGCCAGUUGAUUGAUUGGGAAAACCAAAUGGCCCCAUUCGCUCCCGAACAAAUCGCUGCAUCUGUUUUACCACCAAUAUCUAGCUCGUACAUUACCCAUCUAUCUCCAUACCCAGCAUCUCAAGAAAUCAAUAAAUCCACAGCAACGAUCCACAACACAUCAAUGUCAGACCAUAUGGCAAGAAAAGGAAGUACACCGACACCGAGUACACCGCGCUCUGUGUGUACUAAAGUUAGCAGGGUACCGAUCUCUAGACCUGAUUCUGAUCAACAAGCGUCAGAUUGCAAUGGUGGAGAAAUCGAAGCAGGCUCAGAAUGCGUCAGCACGUUGAAUUCACACGACUUGGUGAAUUUUUCCAAGCUUUUAGCUUCCUCUGAAGCUAAAGGUGUGGAGAUAAGUCUUCGCGAAUCAUAGUCUAUAGAUUAAUCAACGUUGAUUAUGUUUUAUUUUUAAUUCUAUAUUUUUUGAUAAAAACAGUUAUAAAUGGUUUUACAGUUUUAUUUAAGCUUAGGUUAUCAUAGACAUAAUUUAUUUUGGCUGUUUAGUCAGUCAAUCUGUUCUUUCGUUCGGAAUAUUUUAGCGGUCCUAACAACCGCAUAUAAUCAUUAUUAUUGAUUUAACUCAUAAUUUGUUUAUUAGAUUUCAUAUUUUCUCUGUGUGGAAUCCCACAACGCUGAUAUCUUAGUUUACUUAUUUUAUUUUAUCAGUCUGUUAGUUAGAUAUUUGUUUUAUUUAUCUCUAUUAGUUUCGAGUUGGUAUGUUAUCUAGUUUCCUUUUUUUAAUUUGAAGUAAUCUCUUUAACAGUACUUUGUUACUACUAUUGAGUCAUAAACACCAUCAUAAUUUCAUCUUUUGCUAAAGUUGUUAUCCCAGGAUAUUGAAUAUGUAUGUUGUGCCUUACACAGGUGUGUAUCAUUCUGUACUGUUAGACUAUUAGUCUGCAUUUAUGCAGUUUGAUUUGAUUUUCAUUUUUAUUUCUUAUCCCAAAAAAUACUUUUCCAUCAUGACGGAAUGACGUGUCAGUUGUUGGUUGUAAUAUUUUCUAUCCGGUAUGAAUUCAAUUGCAAACCUGAACAUUACUGAUUUCAAUUUCAUAUUGACUUACGUAUUUGCCUACCUCACUUGAUUUCAUGUGUUUUCACCAACUAAUCUUGUUCUUUUAACUGAAUAUUAUUUUUCUGUGGUUGAAGCAUCAAUACUCUCAAUCCAGUCAUUCCAUAUGUGCUUCUGCCAGUUUAUUUUGCAAACUGAUUCAAGUUGAUUUGUGUGUAACACUCCUCGGUAGGAUGUACACAGUCGCAUUUGUUUUGUUUUUAUAACUGUUUUCUUAUGUUACUUAUCAUUAUGAUACCGUAUAAUUAUGUAGCACUUGUGCCUUUCUUUUUUAUAUUUAUUGUUUGUUUUCAUUAUUAUUUUCACGCAAGCAAGCAGUAUUACUUUCUAAUCUGAUAUGAUACCAGAUUUUUGAAUUUAUUUAUUAUGUUGAAUUUUUUCUCAUAUUUCAAUUUGACAAUUAUGAAUGUUUUAUUUUGUUUGUUGUUUUUUCUUUUGUAGUCUGUUCUAAUUGCCAUUUAUUUAAAAUGAUUGCUUUACAUUGUUUUCUUAUUUUCAUUGCAUAAAUUUGUGUGUUGCAGUUA